AUGUUAUCGGGCAGCACCUGGGCAGGAGGUUGCAGCAAGCCGCAGGCAAACGGCCGCUAUAUAAAUCACAGUGGACGGACGGAUGGACAUAAUGGAGCGUGCGCGAUCGGUAUGGGAUCCGCGUGCGUCCAUUACAAUGGAGGCGUCGCGGAGGCGCAUGGCAAGCGCGGCUUCGGGGAAGGAAGCUCCUCGGAACCGCACACCUGCGCGAUCGCUACACGUGACGAUCGCCUAUCAGCCUCUAAAUGA